AUACCAACAGAUGGCACCACCGUGACGUAAACAGUUACCGUAUCGAGUAGUAACUCUGGAUUUUAAAUAUUUGAUUUGAAAACACUGAUUUUGAACAGUUAUGUUUCAAUAAGUAAGAGAUAAUGGACAAAUAUGUGAAUACAAUAACAUUUUUACAUUUCCUUAGCCUAAGAUUUUUGAAAAUAGUCAAAAUCCCGGUUUCUCUGUAAUUUUUUUUUAGAACUGAUUUACAGUGCGCAACGGUAGGAGUUGUUUUUAUUUUUGUUUAUGUUUUGGUAUGUUCGAUUAAAUCGGUCAAGUGCACCGUUUCGAAAUCCGAUGCACAAGAACCCCGUCAUCCAGAUGCUGCUGCGGCUGCCGAGCGUAUAUAUCGGGCCGGAGGUGGGCAAACAAACGGCGAACCUCAUCAUCACGCGAUCAAACACCAGAACUAGAAGACAUCGGACGAGGAAAAGGCGACGCACAUCAUCUAUCCGGCGGUGGAUCCGCAGCCGGAGGAUUACGCCCGGCCCACUUUCCGCCGGGACCAUGUUCAAUUAGUACUACUUCUCGGAAUCGUUCGAUACGUGGGGUUCGAACACGUAAGAUCUGCAGAACAACAUACCGGACAGUCCGCUAUCGACCGGGGACCGUCUGCCUCCUGGGUCACCGACCCAGAAGAGUAUUUCGUGUGAGUGGCCAAGGAAGACUAUGAAGUGCAGAAUGUUAGGAACCGGGGUCCAACACCGCCCGGCCGGAAUCUGCACACAACCGUCCUACUUAGAAUCCCUCUGCGGGGUUGCUCGCCAACAUCAGCAACGCGCCCUGCACCGGAUAGCCGUCGUACGCAAGCAGGAGGUUCCAACCACUGCAUCAUGGCCAACGCUGGCGAAGGUUCCUCGUCCGGCAGUAGACUCCAGCAAUAGCUUCGAGCAGUUCAACAGCCGGAGCUCCAUUCAGCAGAUAUGGUUCACUGGAGGCGGGUCAGUUUUACGAGGAGGUCGGGUCCAACGGCAGCAGCGAAACCAUUGCCCAUAUCAUCAACUGCAGAGUAGUGGUGGAAAACGCCGGAGGAUAAAGAUUCCAGAAUGGUGGAGGAAUAAAGGUCCAAUGAAUAAACGGGAGCAUGGUCCGGUGGGAAAUAGUCGUGAGGAAAACCAGAAGCAGAUCGAACCCUUGUCGGCGCAGAUGAAAGAACGUCGUUGAGUGUCUAGUGCGCUACCAGACCGUCCGCAAUCUGUUUAGUCCUGCCUCAACUGAUGGAAACUGUGCCGCUGCGGCCACAUGAACCAACAAAUCACGUUGAGCACUGCGACCGGCGGCGAGGACAUAAUUGGCUGGACCGGAACAAGUCUUCUGACGUCGUCGUUUGAUUCCAG